GAAAGUAGUUGUUCAACGUAGCGCAGAACUGGAACGUGAUGAAGCGAAGGCAAGAGCGAAGCCAUUGCAAGGAGAAUGAAGUUACAGAGCCACAGCCACAGCGCAAUGGCAUGCAAUGACAGCAGGCUGUUUAGACUUGGAGGGCAAGAAAUAAGUAGGAACCCUUCUCUGCCUCUCACUCUCAGGAACCCUCCUCGCCGUCUCUCCACUGUUCACUGCUCCCACAGCAACCAUAGCCUUCCCUACCCUCCUUCUCUUUCCAUAAUCAAAUCCACAAGCAAACUCUUCUCUGCAAUCUCCAACACUCUCCCCAAUAUCAUGUCUUUUCUCACCUCUGAUUCCACCAAGAUGGAAGGGAGUGGCUUUACAGAGGAAGCUACUGAAGCAACUGAAAUCUAUAUCAACGCCAUUGGAAAAAAGAAGAUUUUUGUGGCCGGUGCCACUGGAAGUACCGGCAAAAGAAUUGUUGAGCGGCUACUGGCUAAAGGUUUUCGAGUUAAAGCUGGAGUUCGAGACUUGGACAAAGCCAAAACUAGCCUUCCCCAAGACAACCCAGCUCUUCAAAUUGUGAAAGCUGAUGUGACAGAGGGUUCUGCCAAGCUAGCAGAUGCAAUAAGUGACGAUUCAGAAGCGGUAAUUUGUGCCACGGGAUGUCGCUCUGGAUGGGAUUUGUAUGCUCCAUGGAAGGUUGAUAAUUUGGGCACCGUCAACCUUGUAGAUGCGUGCCGGAAACUUGGUGUGAAAAGGUUUAUCCUUGUGAGUUCCCUUUUAGUCAAUGGAGCAGCAAUGGGGCAGAUACUCAACCCAGCUUACAUCUUUCUUAAUGUUUUUGGACUGACCUUAAUAGCAAAGCUUCGGGCAGAGGAUUAUAUUAGGGAGUCUGGUAUGAACUAUACGAUUAUAAGGCCUGGUGGGUUGAGAAAUGAGCCUCCAACAGGAAACCUUGUGAUGGAGCCAGAGGACACUCUCUAUGAAGGCACAAUCUCCAGAGAUCAGGUUGCAGAAGUAGCUAUUGAAGCAUUAGUUCGUCCCCAGGCAUCUUACAAGGUUGUAGAGAUAGUUGCAUGUGCCGGUGCCCCCAAGCGUUCAUAUGGGGAUCUUUUUAGUUCUAUUACGCAACGGUGACCUCUGAGUUUGAUUCCAAAACAUAUGUUGGCACAGUAGUAUCCCAUUUUUCAGAAGCCUUUCUGAUGAUGGCAGAUAUCCCAGCAACAUCUCCAAGAGCAACGGUCACUUUUGAAAGAAGCAAAAUUCACACGCACAAUGAUGUAGAUGGUGAAAGCCAUGGCCAUUCUGCAACCCUGCAUAUCUGAUUACUAGUUCUUUAUAAACUUGAAGUUUAGAAGUGGGUUUUGGUUUUGUUUGACGAAAAUGAGAAUGCAGAGUGAGUUUUACAGGGAGGUCAGUGGAGUUGGCUACUGAGAAGAAUCUGCCAGCUGCUACAUUAUGUUGUUUUAUUUAACCACAAACAAAAUCAUUUGAGGCUGGUGUGGCCUUUCACAUAGUUUCA